CUGUCCCAUUAAACAACGAAAAAGAACGAUCGCCAUUAUACCGAAAGAAAUUUGACGGAUUUACACUUCGUUCCGCAAUUCCAAGUACUGAUAAAACAUGGGAUAAUUGGGCCGGAACUAUCCAUUUGGCGCCUGAAGCAAUUUUCAAGCCAACCACUCUCACGGACCUUCAAGACAUCGUGAACCUGGCGAGAACGAAUGGGAAAACGAUUCGAUGUGCCGCUGAGGGGCAUACAGAAAGUUCAUUGUCAGUGACAAAGAAAUAUUUGGUAAUAGUUAAAAAUUUAAAAAAUGUUCAAGUUCUGCAAGACAAACAUCAUGGUUGGGUCGUUACUGCGGAAGCUGGUACUCCAUUAAACGAAAUCGAUUAUGCCCUACGAAACAACAACCCGCCGUUGACCAUUUCAUCGGCAACUUCGUCGGACUUCUUUAGAGCCGCAGGAGUUAUCGCAGUUGGAGCACAUGGCGCAAAAACCACAGUAGGACUCAUGUCUGAUCAAGUUGUUUCAAUGAAGAUCGUCGCCGCCGAUGGCAAAGUGUAUGAAUUCAGCGACACAACGAAUGCUUUGGAAAUGCAGGCCGUUAGAGUUAACUUGGUCAAAGAUGUUCUUGUUCCAUCUGUCAUCAAGCAGUUGUUUGAAACUUCGGAAAGUCUUCAACUGUUUUAUUUGCCAUUCAACUCAUAUAACCCAAAUGCAUCGCAACCACUUGACCCGACCAGGGAUAAAAUGUGGUUAAUACAAUGGCUAGAAACUGACGAAAAACCAACUUUGUCCCCAGAAGAACUUGCUGCCAUACGUGUUCUUCAAAACGAGUUUAGUUGGACCACAAACUAUGCAUAUCAGACCAUGCUUAAAAACCCAGAAACUACUCCGGCCAUUUGUUCAGCACUCUGGAAUGCGGGGCCUUUGUUAUCACCGUACAGCGUCGUACUUCAGGCACCAGAUGCGAUCCACUAUUUGUCCUCCUUAACCAAUAAUUCCAAGUCGAAUAUUUUGGCGUUUGGAUUCAAAGUUGACCCGGAUUUUAACAAUUUCGUUAAGGAAUUUCAGGCUAUCAUCAAUGCGACUUACGCGGAAGCUGCACAAAAUUCUUUCCCACUUAACAUGGCUGCAGAAGCACGAAUCAUAAGAUCGUCGCAUGCUUUACUCGCACCUAACUUCGACCCAGAUCCAAAUGCUAUCUACUGCUUCAUUGAUAUGACCUCUUACGUUUCUACACCUGGUUUCCAAACUUUCGCCUCAUCGUUUGGACAGAGAUGGAUCCAAAAUUAUGACGCGAAACCCCAUUGGGCCAAAGAAUGGGAAUACGUGCCUGAUAUAAAAUCGUAUCUUUCCAAAGCUUACAAAAGACAAAUAAAUACCUUUGAGAAAAUACGUGAAAAAUAUGAUCCGAACAAGCUGUUCUUCGAUAAUGAGUCAUUGCAAGAAAUUUUCGAUGGAGCUCUCCACUAUAAAUGA